UCCCAGCUGUGCGGUGACAUGUUCCUGCAAGCACCCGGCAAUGACUAAGAUUUGGUUAAAGUGCUGCUAAAAGAAAACCAACGACGUUGGUGCGCUGUUGUGGACGGGCAGCAGCGGAUAUCCAGGCAUUAGUAAGACACACACACACACACACACACACACACAGACAUGUCUCCAUCAGUGCGUUUACAGGAAAUGAUUCGGGUAAUCAGAAGUGCCCGCACUCAAGGAGAGGAAAGGGGUCUCAUCCAAAAAGAGUGUGCUGCCAUUCGUGCGCAGUUUCGUCAGUCUGAUAAUGGGGCACGCACUCACAACCUGGCCAAGCUACUCUAUGUGCACAUGCUAGGCUACCCGGCACACUUUGGGCAGAUGGAGUGCGUGCGUCUGAUAGCCAGCCCCAGAUACAGUGAGAAGCGUAUCGGUUACCUGGGUGCCAUGAUGCUUCUGGAUGAGAAACAGGAUGCAAGUUUGCUUAUUACCAACUCCAUCAAGAAUGACCUGUCUCAUAGCAGCCAGCAUGUUCAGUCCCUGGCCCUGUGCACUCUGGCGUGUAUGGGCUCUGCCGAGAUGUGUCGAGACCUUGCCCCCGAGAUCGAGCGCCUCCUCGGAGCCUCUGAUUCCUACAUCAAGAAGAAGGCGAUAUUGUGUGCUGUCCACAUUGUGCGGAAAAUUCCUGAACUGGGAGAGCUGUACACUCCGUUAGCGUGCUCCCUACUCUCCGAGAAAAACCACGGAGUUCUUCACAGCGCUGUGGUUCUGAUCACGGAGCUGUGUGAGCGGAACCCCGACACCCUCCGCCAGUUCCGCAAGACUGUUCCAGAACUGGUGCACAUAAUGAAAGGUCUGAUCAUGUCAGGUUAUUCUCCAGAGCACAAUGUAGCAGGCAUCAGCGACCCUUUCCUGCAGGUUCGUAUUCUUAGGUUGCUGAGGAUUCUGGGUCGCUGUAAUGACGCAGCAAGUGAUGCCAUGAACGACCUUCUGGCACAGGUGGCCACUAACACCGACAGCAGUAAGACAGCAGGCAGCGCUGUGCUGUAUGAAACGGUGCUCACUGUCAUGGACAUCCGCUCAGAGAGUGGACUCAGGGUUCUUGCUGUGAAUAUUUUGGGGAGGUUUCUUCUGAAUAAUGAUAGGAACAUCCGUUAUAUAUCGAUGACCUCACUCCAGAAGAUUGUUCAGACGGACCACACCGCAGUGCAGAGGCACAGAGGGACCAUUGUGGACUGUCUGAAGGACCAGGACGCUUCCGUCAAACGCCGGGCCCUGGAGCUGUCUCUGGCACUAGUCUCUGCAACAAACAUCCGCACAAUGAUGAAGGAGCUCCUCGUCUUCCUCUCAACCUGUCCUCCAGAGCUCCGGGCCCAUACAGCGUCUGGGAUCUUCAUCGCUGCUGAAAGGUAUGCCCCCUCUCAACGCUGGCAUAUCGACACCAUCCUGCAUGUCCUCAUCACGGCAGGGGGCGAUGUGAGAGACGAGACUGUACCCAACCUGAUUAAGCUCAUUACCACAGCGUCCGAGCUGCACUGCUAUACUGUGCUUAAGCUUUACAGAGCACUGAUCACCGAUAUCUCACAGCAAUCCCUGGUCCAGGUCGCCUGUUGGUGUAUAGGGGAGUACGGUGAUCUGCUGCUAAAGGGUGAAUGUGACGAUAUUGAGCCCAUGCAGUUAACAGAGGACGAUGUCCUGGAUGCCUUGGAAACGGUGUUACAGUCUCACAUGUCGUCCCCGGCAAGCAGAGCAUUUGCGCUCACUGCAACCAUGAAGCUGAGCACCCGUAUCACCAACAAUGUUGACCGAAUCAGGAGCAUAGUUAGUAUCUAUGGCAGUUGCAUUGACGUGGAGCUCCAGCAAAGGGCAGUAGAGUACAAUGCCCUCUUCAAGAAAUACGACCACAUGAGGGCAGCUGUGUUGGAAAGGAUGCCUGUCAUUGAUAAGAGCUCACCUGGGGACACCCUUGGCGAUCUCACCGGAGAAGUUACAAAAGAUUCUAGCUUGUCCAAACCAGUCCCUGGAGGCUCAACAUUGCCCCUAGAGCCUGCGAGUCAGGCGUUUGAUCUGUUGGACUUGCUGGGCCAGACGGACACGGUUCCUGAAGCCAGCCAUGCUGAAAGCGCAGCUGCGCCUGACCCAGCUGGUCCCAGCACAGGCAGGGACCUGCUCGACCUGCUGGGAGGACUGGAGACGACCGUCGUUCCCAGUGUCACAGUGUAUGAAAAGGGAGGAGUGAGCCUGAAGCUACAGUGUGACUCACAGACAGAGACGGCUGUCACACUCACCUUCACCGCCUGCAACUCCACUCAGAAUGACAUCACCAAAUUCACUCUACAAGCAGCAGUACCUAAGAGUAUUCAGCUUCAGAUGAAAGCUCCAAGUGGUUCUGUGCUUCCAGCAGGAGGCCACAGUGCCAUCACACAGACUGUUGUACUCAGCAACCCCAGCAAGACAAAUCUAAAGAUGCGGGUUCGUUUGUCCUACUCUAAUCAGGGCAUGGUGUGUCAAGACACAGUGCAAAUCGAUUCCUUUCCAAGCCCUGCCUGGACCUGACUUCUGUGGACAAAACUACAAGCCAGGAAUGAGUGAAGUAUCAAGACCUGGAGAUGGUGGUUGAUUUAACCAUGAACUUGUCACAAUUCUUGAGAAUUCCUCGAUAAUUUGAUAUCCUUCAAUUUUCACCUUCUUUUAUGUACCCCAAUUCUUCAAAACAGAUUGCUCCGAUAACAUUAGGUGUCCAAAAUCCAACCAGUUGUGCAAGACAUGUUUAAACUUAACUAGUAACAAAACAUAAUGGUCAAAUUGUAAAUAUAGGCUAUUUAGAUAAAGGCAGAUGACUAUUUUAAUUUGUGCCAGUUUUACCCUUUAACUACAGCCAUAUACAGAACAUGUUACAGAUAUGGCAACCCUGGCUAAAGUAUUCAGUCUCAGUUAAGACCCCGACAUACAGUCCUGGCCCAUUUAUUGUUGAGUUCAAUUCAGCAUUUGUGUUUUGAAAAUGAGUGUAGACAGGAUAAAUCGCCUAACUGCAGGCAGCUGAAAUCACAUUUUUGGUUAAAAGGUGUAGUAAACUCGAUGGUGGUUUUCUGGACUGUUAUCCUUUCCAAGGGCAGUGCAACCAGAUACUAGUUCAUGGAUGCCAAUUAUUUUAUCUAGGCUUCUUUUUCAUUUUUUUAGAAAGAAAAAGCUAUUUUUUCUUUACUCUGUAUUCACGAGCUGUAAUUCAAACCAGUAGUGUAAGGGCCAAAUUGUUUUGCUGAUUCCAGUUGAUCCCAGCACAUAUUUGGGUGCUAGUGUAUUUGGCUAGCACUGCGUGCAAGUCUGGAGAUUAGUAACAAAUUGAUGGUGCUGUCCGGACUAACAAAGGGAACAUGGAAAUGGAUCGAGUACAUUCGGUGUAUCCAAAACACACAACAGUACAAAUUGGCAAUAUUAUCACCUAAGUAGCCAGGGAUACAUAAUACAGCAAGCUUCAUGAAUCAUCUGGAAACAAACCAAACCCGAUUCUGUUCACUAACGUGAGAAUCAGUUUCCAUGUAAACUAUUUCUUUGUUCCUUCAUUCCCAAUUAACCGUGUAGCUCUGGGACAGGAAUAGCACCACCCAUGAGCAGAGGAGCAUCUGUUUGAUAUCACAGCUGUUUAACUGGCAACUCUUCUUUCAGCAUUGCGGCCAACAUUAUCUAAACUAUUCAGUUGGAUUCUUUUCUUGACUUUAAGGUGAACGUCCGGUGCCAGUAGAAAGUUUGGGAACGUUUUAGAACUUUCUGUAUUUCUUUGUAAAUUUGACCUGAAAUCUGAUCAAAUCUUCAUCUAACUCUUAUACCUGGGUGGUUUGUCAUUACUUGAUGGACCUAUGAGCUUCUAGAAUGAACCAUUAAGUUUUACAGGACAUUUCAGGGUAUCUGUCCAUCAACUGAAGCUGACAUACAAGUAACAUUUUUUAAUGUCAGGGUCAAAGUUCAGACCGUAACCCAGUAGGAAUGUUGUGAAAAGACAUAAAAAGAGCAGUUCAGAUAUCAAAGGCAUUUAAUGUACUUUUAGGAUGACAUCAUGUAUAACUAAUGUUUUAGUUUCUAUAUCGCAUUCCAGGUCAAAUUUAUUAAGACAUACAGAAAACUAAAGGAUUCACAAACUUUGUGGCAGCAUUGUAGACUGUACAUUGGCAGUACAAUUUGAAGUAGUGAGAGUACUCUUGUUUUAUGCAUGUAUUAAAAUUCAGACAACACUAAUAAGGAUUACACAGACACUACUGCACUACUCACAUAUGUUAUAUCACAGAUACAACUGCAAGAGAGUUUGUAAACCCUUUGAAAUUACAUGUAACCCUGUGUGAAUAGCCACUAAGUCUUAAUAAUGAAUAAGUUUUUAUUUAAUGCAUACAAUGCUACAAUGCCUUUAAACCAGUGGUUUAAACAAGAUAAUUAUUUGGGACACAAUAUGUGAACCCAUACAUUAAGUAAAACUUGCUGCCUUUACUUGAUUAUUGGCAAUAACCAAUAAUCAAAUGGUUUCUGUAACUACCGAUCAGUCACAAAGCAUGUAGAAUGCGUUUUGGCAUAUCCCUUCAGUUUUUAUAUUCAGUUUGUUAGUUUUGUUUUUUAUUUUUUAAGUGCCGUGUUUACCUCCAUGGUAACCUGUUGAAUAUCACCCAUUUUCAGUAUUUGUUGUAUGGUAGACUCAUGAGCACAGAUGUUUGCAACUGCUGAUCCCCAGUUGAAAUCACGGGGAUCUGUGUCACGCGUCUGCGUAUUCUGCUGCAUGUGAAUCGAUCUUUGCAGGACACCCAAGCUUAUGCAGAAUAGCGAUGGUGCUGAUUUCUCUCCAUUUGCAAACCAUCCACCUGACCAUGGACCAGUGGAAGCCCAAGUGUUUAUUGAUCCUUUUGUAAUCCCUCCUAGCCUUUUUAGCUUCAACAUUUCUGCUAAGGGCUCCUAAAAUCUCUUUUGAUAGGUAUUGUAAUAGAAAUAUAUUGUGAAAAGCAGAGAUCUUUGUUUUUUUAUUGUAGUGCCUUUUUAAAGAGGUGAUUUUCCUAGAGGUUUUCAUCAAAUUUCCUUGAUUGUAUAAACCAUAUUUUAAGUAACAAUAUGGCAGUGUAAAAUGUGUUAAAUAUGUAUUUUAAAUGAGCAAUGUCUAUUAGAUGAAAAUCAGAUCACAUUUUAGGAGCCAUUAACAACAUUAACAAGCCAUUAAAACAAUCAGGUAUUUCAAAAGGAGUCACAAACUUUCUUGCAACUGUAAGAAGGAAGAAUUCCUUUCACUGGGACAAGCCAUCCUACAACAAAAAUGCUAAUCUGGGCACUCGUUUAUGCUUUUUAAGGUAAUCCUAAAUGGGUUUGAGCCGCCGGCUUUUGAAUGCCUUACCCCAACAACAUGCCUUCCUCAUCUGCUCGGUAUCGUUCCCUGGGAUGUAAAUCAUAGCCUGACCCGUGUCGUCAUUUUGAGUUUGUGAAUGUGGAUUUGUGCUGUUGUACUGCAGGAUCACUUUUACAUUUAGUCAGAUAAGUGGACUGAGUAUAGUUUUAUUGCCUCAUGUUUUUUAAAUAAAAUGUAUUUUAAAACAAAAGCAGUGGGUUUGUACAUUUUUAUGCAAUACCCAUAAAUAUCGCGAUCAAUGACCUCAUUAGCUGUGGUCUAUAUUCAGAGUACUCAACAUAUCAAGUCAGUGUUUACAACAUACUCUAUAUUCAUAUUAUAAAUAUUCAUAAGGUGGGUCUCCACCUGUGAGAUUUAUGACCACAAGGUGUCUGGUAGGUCAGACCGUUCCUCACCACAUCAUUCCAUCAAAAAUGGAAACACCUUGUGUUUGACGAGCAUCCAUCAUUUGCAGACAUCACUAUAUGGCAUCAGUACAUGGAUGCGCGUCGAAGCGUGUCCUCGCUUUCAAGACUUUACACAAGCAAACAUUACGAAACGAUUACAUGAGGACCGGGUAGCUCCAGGGACUGUAGACAGGACCACCUCCUCUCAGCACAAGCACUAAAUGCAGUACAGAUCCAACUUGGAUCUUAUAGUCA